AAUUAAUGCAAUCAGUUCGAUCAUUCCUAUCAUUUGUGGAUUUAUUUCUACGUUCUCUGGUUACAGUCGCAUUUUUGGCUAUGGUGUACAUCUACGAGGAUUAUAGAAUGCUUUUGGCUUUUAAACUUAUGUGUUUAUAUUAAUAAAUCUACAGGCUUAUACCAGAGAAUGUUAAUGAAUUUUAUUAUAAUUAUUCAUUAACAUUCUCUUAUAACACCAUAACAGUUAAGGCAUAAACCAUCGACCAUAGUCAAAGAAACUAUCGAUAGUGAGAGGAAAAUAAAACUAUCGAUUAUUUUGUAGCUCUAAUUUUUCGCAUUCCUCUUAUUUAUUUAGGGGAGUAUUUUGUUGAUAAACAAAAUUACGGGUCAAGAUAUAUACCUUCCUCUUGGUUUCCAUUGAUUCGUUUAAUAUAUUACAGAAUGGAGGAUAAUAUUGUUGAGUUUAUAUAUAAAUAUAAUAAUCAUGAAAACAAAGAAUGUGAAGUAAGUAUUAAUAUUGAGCUUCCUUUUGAACGUGGGGAUGAAUGUCUGGACGAGUUAGUUACACGCCUAUUAAAUGAUAUGGAGACAAUGCAGCGUUACUUGGAUGAGCACAAAAAGGUAAAAUCGGCUUUAAGAAAGUUCAUAAUAGAUGCAAAUCAAAUUUAUUUGGAUAAGUUUGCCGAGAGACUUUUUGAACAUGCAGGGAAUAAUGAGCUUGACUUGGAAGCAGUGAUACGUAAGACGGAACGACAAUAUAAAGAUGAAAUAAUACAAUUCGCAGAUCGCAUUGGACCAAGCGACGAGGAUAUAUUCGCUCAAAGUUUCCAUAGGUUGGUACACUCAUCUUCGCUAGAGGAAAUUUUGAGGCGUGAAAGAGCUUAUGCGAAAGUUAUUUCAGAUAUGAACACUGUGAUGGAUGAAGAAGUUGAAACUCUUAACUCAACACAGCAAAAAGAAAUGGAUAUUAAAAUUAAACAAUUGGACAUAACCACUACAUCGGAUGAUAUAAAUAACCUAUUAGCACAACAAUAUAGCACCCAAAACUAUAUAAGACAACGAUACGAGUCUGAGUUACAAGCGAAACGAGGUCAUCAACGCAAUGAGUAUCGAGAUUGGAUUACGUGUCAAGUGGGCAAAAUAUUUGAGACAUCUCCGGCAGCUACUCCAUUAGGAAAUCGCUCAUCUAUGUUUAUAUCACAACAGCCGUCGAUGGAAGAAAGUUUCACAAUACAUUUAGGCUCCCAACUUAAGCACAUGCAUAAUAUACGCAUAUUAAGUGCCGAUGUUACAGAUCUCUGCAGUCCCCUGCAUAUUGAUGAGAGUUUAAAUGGAUUGAAUAUGGCAUUGGGCUUAUAUUCAAGUUCCCUUUGUGGUGUAGUUGUUCUUACACCGUCUAUCCAGGCACAGGCCAAUAGGAGUAUUAUUAAAAAUGCCAACAUGUCCACAGAGUUUCACUUCGAACAGAUAGACAACCAGCUGGAAAAAGUUGAAAAAUUAAUAUGUAAUCUCAGUGUUAAUGAGUCGACGUCACCAAGUAUGAACAGCAACAGUUCAGGACAUGGAAAUAAUGAUAUUUCGCCGCCUACAGGUAUAGUUUCGUCUGGUAGCGCUGGAGGCUCCCCAACUAAAAUGCCCACAACAAAACUAAAAACUGGUGAUUUCUUCAUUACCAAACACUCGAAUCUUUCGCAAUCGCAUGUUAUUUUUCAUUUGAUUUCCGACGAACCCAUCAAUAGUCCUAGUGAGAUUAAUUCUCGCCAUCCCGUUAUAUUGGGUUUACGUAAUAUAUUAAAGACAGCUAGCCGACAUGAUGUUACGACACUAACAAUACCUGCGCUGAUGCGUCAUGAAAUGUCUGAGGAUAUGACAGUUCAGUGGUGCAUGCGGAGGGCUGAGCUGGUGUUUAAGUGCGCCAAGGGGUUCAUGAUUGAAUCGGCAUCGUGGGGUGGUGCGGAACUGAGUACAUUACAAUUGCUUUUGCCAUAUGAUAUUUCAGAGGAACUUUUUACCACAUUGGCGGGUAUGGUGCCAAAUGUGUUUCGAGUAGCCAAUCCUAAGAUACUUGUAGAUAGCAAUAAGUGAACUGUUUCUCAAUUUGUUGAAGUAUUUUUAAGUUUAUUUUACUCAAACUAAAACUAUAAACAUUUUUAACGGCGAAACACCACGCAAAUGCCAAAAAUAUGUUAUGAAUCAAUCAAUUGGAUAUUGUCUAACAUUAUACUUACUUGAUUGUAAUAUAUUACUUAACCAAUUCAAAAACAAAUAUAUUAUAUAAUUACUUUAUUUUUCUAGUAAUCAUCAAACUCUAUUUGUUUUGUAUAUAUUUUUUCUUAAACUUUUUAUUAAAUGAAUUUUAAAUUUUUCGUACGUUCCUCAGAAUUUAAAUUUAGUUUCAAACAAUUACAAAGUCAUGAAACAUACAUCAAGAACUUUUGUUAAAUUUCCUGUAUUACUGGCCCACAAAUUCCAAUAGGUGAUAAAAUAAUUGUUUUUUUUUUUAAUUCAAACAUUAUUAACUAGGGCAUUUUAACUUUUGUAAUUAUGUUGAAAUAUACAUAAAUCAUUUAUGCAUAUUGCACACUAGCUACAAAAAGUCACAACUCAAGAAUUUUCAAAAUCGAUUUUUUCCCAUAUAUUAAUUCGUAAUACAGUUAUUCCUACCCAAGAAAUUUCAUGGUCACCACUAUCUCACUUAACUUUAAAAUCACAGUUAGGUCUACUUUUGUGUUAAUUGCGUGCAGUAUCAACCAAAGAGUAGUUUUUGCAGCUGUGUCGCUAUUGGCUAAAUUAAUCGUAAAUUUUCUGCUGCGCUCUGCGAAGUUGUGUCUCUUUAUCUGAAAAAUAAGUGAGUUUAACAUCCGUAUUAUUUGAAAUGUCUCAUUUUUGAUCAAAUAACUGUGAUUAUCACAGUGUUAUUCGGUGAUUCGACUGUUCCUUCGGUAGUCGGGUCAAGUAACCGGAACGCACCCGGAUUUUUAUCCGGCGAAGGACUGUCAAGUCGGCACCAUUCUUCGAAAAUACUUCAGCAACAAUGACAUCUUGUUAACUCAAAAAAUAUCUCUUAAUUUCGCUAUCAAACUCGAAAGUCAAUCAUAUUUGAGUAAGAUGCUCUUUAAAGUAGAAGAUAUUCUACAUUAUGGACGACCAUUUUACUGUAAAAUUUUAAUAAUUUUUACAGGAAUUGAUUUUUGCACCUCCUGCAAAUUUGUAAUUUUUCGAGUUGUGACUCUUUUGUAGUUGGUGUGCGAUAUAUGUAUGUCUCUGCAUAUGCAUAGUGCUAAAUGAUUUUAAAUAUUUAAUCUUUCUCCAGUUAUCUCUUUUUUCUCUGAUUUGUUAUUUUCAUAUUUUUGUAUAUAGUAUCUAUGUAUAUGAUGUUAACAGUAAUUUACGUAACGUAUUUCCACACAAACCAAUGUCUUUAAAUCUAUUUAAUGCAAAGAUCGUUAGCUGCGUGCUUUGUAGCUAAGUACGUUAAUAUUUCUUCAAUGUAAUGGUUCAAAUAUACAUAAGUUCAUAUGUACAUAAUUAUUGGAAAAAUCAAUUUUUCAGUUUGUGUAUUUUGUGAGAAAAAAGUGGUUUAAAUAAAGACUAUGUAUAAGUACGAC